GUGCGAAGGGAGAACAUCUUGCCAGCCAACAUGCGGCAGCUUUUGCGCCUACUCGAACAGAAAGGUAGAGGGGAGGGGAGGAAAGCCCAAAAGUAUGAAUGAAGCUGUUAGAAUUUCAAAAAGAAGAUUGUUCGAGGGAGGAGGGAGGGGGGAGGAGAAGGAGGAGGAGAAGGAGGAGGAGGAGGAGGAGGAGAAAAGUGACAAGGAAGAAUGAGUUAAAAGGUUGUGGUUGUGUGGAGGGAACCAAUUCGGGUGCAGCCAGGGAAUUUGCCGCAGGCUCCAAAGAGUUUUGAUGGUCGAGAUGGUAAUAGUGAUGAUCGGCUACUUGUCG